AUGGAGAAGAUCAUUACUAUUGUGGGGUUGACGGGUAGUCAGGGUGCUUCCGUUGCCGAUAUCUAUAUCAAGGAGCAAGGCUGGCAUGUCCGCGGCCUCACCCGUGAUCCAAGCAAGCCAUCAAGCCAAAGUUGGGCUGACAAGGGGGUUGAACUUGUAAAGGCCGACCUGAAUGACGUCGCCACGUUGAGAACAGCGUUCGCCGGGUCUAACGUUAUCUUUGGCGUCACCGACUUCUGGGGAGUCGUGUGGGAUCCCAAAGCACAGACGCUGGCAGAGUCAACUGGCCAACCCAUAAACGAACUCGCAUACACGGCUGAGGUGCAACAAGCCCGCAACAUCAUUGACGCUGCAAAUUCCACGAUUGGCACCUUGAACAGACUCGUGUUUUCAACUCUCUCGCACACCAAGAAGUGGAGCCAGGGAAAGUAUACCCAAAACCUACACUUCGACGCGAAGUGGACGGGUGUCGACUAUCUGAAGGCCACCUAUCCAGCACUGGACAAGAAGACUUCGUACCUACAGGUUGGACUGUAUGUGACCAACUGGAAGAAGGGCCUACAUAUGGCCCGGCCCACUAAGCAAGCUGACGGCACAUUUGUGCUGAGUCUUCCCAUAGACGGUGAUGCCCUGGUUCCCAUGGUGGAGGCGCGUCAGGACACGGGCAAAUUUGUCAAGGCGCUUGUUCAGGUCAAACCGGGCAAAAAUCUGCUCGGCUAUGGAAGCUUCAUAAGCUGGAACGAAUUUGCGGCUCUGUGGGGGAAAAUACAUAGCGUAGAGUGUCGUUUCGUAAGAGUCCACCGCGAAGUUCUUGAAAAGGCCAUCCCUGGAUGCGUUGGCGAGGAACUUGCUGAUAUGUUUGAGUACAUCGGGGAAUUUGGGUACGAUGGUCAUGAUCCAAGCGUUGUUCAUCCUCAAAGUGUUGGCGUGGAUAUCCCGGUCUAUUCCGUGGAGGAGUACAUCAAGGGGGAAAACUGGCCUUAA